UUGAAUGAUGAUCCAAUUUCACAAGUUACAAAAUGAGUGAACUACAGAAGAAAAAACGCACCAAGUAGAGCAUUGGCGCGAGCUGUUGUUCUUGCUCACAACCACAAAACCCUAACUCCUACGGCUAUAAUCUCUCCCAAAACUCUCUUCUUUCCUCCAAUUCCCCGAAUUCAAGCUGGAAUGGCCAAUGAAUCUGAACCUGUAGCCUGUGAAGAUGCAGUUCCGCCACAGAGAAUUGGCAACAAGAGGGAGUAUGAAGAUGAUGAUCAGAAGGAAGUUAUUACAAAGAAGAAGAAGACAGGCGAGGUUUUUGAAAUCUUAGAGGAUAAGGAUGAAACUGAUUCAGAUUGUUAUGAACAUGACAAGAAACUUAAAGCUAAAAUCGAAUCUGAUACCAGUCACGGAUCUUUGGAAUUAUUUGAUGACGGUGUCUCAGAUCCUAACUCUAAUGAAGACAAUGUAAAUACUGAUUUAUUGACUAAUCCCAAAGAUUUGGAGAGUCCUGAGGGAAAUGAGGAAGAAGUAGAGGGAAAAGUCUCUAAAACACCUCAGGAAAGGCAUGGAACUCCAGUCACUCUAAAUGAAAAAUAUGAUGCAUUGAAAACAAUAUGUGUUAGAAACUUGUCAUAUAGUGUGGAACGGGCUGAUAUGGAAGAUAUUUUCAAAGGUUGUGGUGAAGUUGUUGAUAUCCAGUUCAUAACAGAUUGCGAAGGGAGGUUUAGAGGCUUUGGAUUUGUCAAAUUUGGAACAGUAGAAGCAGCAGAAAAAGCCCUCAAAUUGCAUAAUACAGAAUUAUUGAAUCGCCACAUAAAAGUUGACAUAGCUCGGGAUAAGAGUGAACAUCCCCCCUAUAGAAGUUCAUUUCAUACGGGUGGAAAUCUUCACUCUCACACUGUAAAGGGUUUUGACGCAUCUCUUGUAGAAAACAAGCCUAAAAGCCCAGUUACACCAAAUGAAACAAAGGGUACAUCAAAGACAGUAUAUGUCGGAAACUUGUCAUACACCGUAGAACGAGCUGAUAUGGAAAAACUUUUCAAAGAUUAUGGGGAAAUCGUUGAUGUUCGUCUCCAUACAGACUGCCAAGGGAAGUUUAUAGGCCAUGCACAUGUUCAGUUUGCAACAGAAGAAGCAGCACAAAAGGCUCUUGCGUUGAAUAAGAAAGAAUUUUUUAACCGGCCCAUGGUUGUUAAUUUAGCUUUGGAAAGGCGUAAAUAUUCCCCCAACAGAAGCAGCUGGGCCUGGAGCAGCUCAUUCAAUAAGGAUGAAAGAUUUCAGUCUCAAAGUUUACCUGUGAAGUGUUUAGAUACAUCUCUUGCGGAAGGCAAGUUGAGUUGUGCAAAGGAGGUUAAGGAUGUAGAGAUGUUUGAUGCUGCCUCCACUGAAAAUAAGCCUGAAACCCCAGCUACCCAAAAAGAGAAAAAUGCUGCAUCAAAAACAGUAUGUGUUAGAAACUUGUCAUUCGAUGUGGAACGGGCUGAAAUUGAAAGUAUUUUCAAAGAUUGUGGAGUAGUUGUUGAUGUCCGUCUCCAUGUUGAUGUCGACUUUGCAACCGGAGAGGCAACAGAAAAGGCUCUUGAGUUGGAUUACACUAGAUUGACGAACCAUCCCGUCAAAGUUGGUAUAGCUCCAGGAGAGGGUGAACGUUUCCCGAAUAGAAGCUUGAGCACCCAAUUCCAGAAGUGCGAAAGUUUUCAGCCUCUAACUGUAUUUGUGAGUGGAUUUAAUACAUCCCUUGCCGAAGAGAAGAUAAAAGCUAGCCUGCACAAUCAUUUCAAAUCUUGUGGAGAGAUUGCAAGGAUCUCAUUACCAAGAAAUCGUGAUUCUGGUGCUAUUAGGUAUGCUCAUUUGGAUUUCAAGGAUAUUGAUGGCUAUAAGAAGGCACUCCAACUUAAUCAAACUGUGAUAGGAGGUUAUUGGGUGUCAGUUGUAAAAGCAGAGCCAAAGCAUAGACGUGAUAAUCAGGAUAUAGGUGGUGGCAGAUCUGGCUAUCACGUCAGUGGAUGGGAUGGAUCAAAUUAUAGACGUGAUAAUCAAGGUAUAGGUGGUGGCAGAGGUGGCUAUCACGUUGGUGGAAGGGAUGGACCAAAUUAUAGACGUGAUAAUCACAGUAUAGGUGGUGGCGCAGGUGGCUAUCACGUCGGUGGAAGGAAUGGAGCAAAUUAUAGACGUAAUCAAGGUAUGGGUGCUGGCAGAGGUGGCUAUCACGUCGGUGGAAGGGGUGGAGGAGACUAUGGUGGUAGAGCAAGUUGGGGGAGAAGUUAUGGUGUUGAGAAGCACUGGACUGCCAAUUCUGAGCACUAGUGAAGGCAUAGGUCAUCUCGCAUCUUUCUCAAAUACAACUUUUGCUGAAGGUUGCACAAGUUGCUGAAGUUUUAGGUUUAUACUCUUCCAAGUACUUUGGCUAAUUUGGUUUACUUUUGUGGCUUAUUAUGGAGCCAUCAGCAAUAGUGUAGUUUGGUAUAUACUUUUGUGGCUUAUUAUGGAGCUAUCAGCAAUUUUGUGUACAGAGAGGAGUGUCAAUUUUAUUGCUGAUUAACUAUAUACUAAUGUCACUUAAGAUGGAUCAUUAACAUGUUACUGUAUAUAUAGUAUGAUAUAAGAAAUUAAUAGUGUUUGGGAAUUA